CUCCUCAUACCCGUUCCGCUUGACGAGUUCUCUACUAGCCUUCGCAGCUCGCGCGUCCGUUCUUUAUUACAUACCUCCCUCUCUCACCAGAACGGCUACACACACUCUCUCUCCUCUUUCAACGGAUCAGGAUCCAGUUUAUAAUUCACAAUGAGGACCAACUUUGCUGUCGCUGGUCUUUUGGCCCUUGCCUCAUCACUCCUCGCUGCUGCUGCUCCCCAAGAUGGCUACAUCGGCAAUACGACAAUCCAGUAUAUGGAACAUGGUGACGAUGCGAAAGAGCUCCUUAUCAUGUUUCAAAAAGACGAAGUCCCCAACUGGAAACAGAACCUCGAAGACGCUCAGAUGCGUAUCAAGGAAACCGAUGUCAUUGCUGAGUUCAACAACACGGUCUUUGCGGGUCUCGUCAUCAGAGCCGGAAACCAUUGUAUCGAUGCUUUCAACGCCAUGAAUGAGGUCGCGUUUGUCGAGGAGAAGACAGUUAUCAAGUCAUUUGUUGAGACUAAGGCCGGUGCCCCCUGGGGCCUGCAGCGCAUCUCCAACGCAGCUGGUGCAUCCGGAUCACCUCAGAGCCAAGACUUUACCUACAGCUUCGAUAAUUCGGCUCUAGGCGCUGGUGUCGAUAUCUACGUCAUCGAUACUGGUGUACGAACCACCCACGCUGUUUUCACUGGCCGUGCUACACAAGGCUUCACUGCUACCGGAUCUGAAGUUGAUGGUGAUGGUCACGGUACUCAUGUUGCUGGUACCGCUGGUGGCGCGAAGUUCGGUGUUGCUCAGGGUGCCAAUAUCAUUGCCGUCAAGGUUCUCGGUGACGAUGGUUCUGGCUCAUCCACCGACACCAUUGCUGGCAUGGAUUGGGUUAUCAACAACCACAACAAACGCAAGACUCAGCCCGGUUUUGUCGGUUCCAUUAUGAGCAUGUCUUGGGGUCUUCAGGGCACUGCCAGAUCCGUCAACGAAGUCAUUACUGGCGCCAGCGAGGCUGGCAUUCACGUUUCGGUUGCCGCUGGUAACGACGGCGUUGAUGCUUGCGGCUCCACCCCAGCUCAGCUCGGCGGAAGCAACUCCAAUGUUGUCACCGUGGGUUCUGUGAACAUCAACAACCAAGUCUCCACCUUCUCCAACCUCGGAAAAUGCGUCGACAUCUACGCCCCAGGCGAAGAAAUUCUCAGCUCUUGGAGCACUGGCGACAAUAUCAUCAACUUCCUCUCCGGCACUUCUAUGGCCUGCCCUCACACCACUGGCGUUAUGGCAACACUUAUGGCUCAAGACAAGAGUCUGGGACAAGACCCGGCUGCUCUGAAGAAGAAGCUCCUUGCAGUUGCUCGCUCCAACGACAUCACUGGCAAUAUUGGUGGUAGUGCUAACCUCAUGCUCAGCAACGGUGUUGACGGUGGUAUUGUCAAGCGCCUCGUUAACAACUACGUUGUUCCUGAGCGCACCGGUAGCCCCGCUGCGCAGGCAAUGCAGAAGGCCAAGCAAGCCAGAGAGCUGGAGAGAUGGGUGGUCGUCUCUGACGACUCUCCUCUUAGAUUCUAGAGCUUCACGUUUCUGCGGCGUUUGACAUGAUACCCUUUGUCGUUGAGCUUCACAAAAAGUCUGCUUAGAACGUUUUAUACGUCGAGACAUUCAUGGCCGAUCUCAGGACUAUAGAACCUAAUAAUUUCAGCAUGGCGCGGUUUUCAAUCUAUGCAUAAGUUUUCUUCUUUGUCAUCAUGUGGUGGGAGCCUAAGGUUCGUAGUCGAGGCCAACUGCACAGGAGGCGAGCAGUCAGUGAAUGAAAAGCCUGCCUCGGACAUCUUGCUGAAGUAUGUGCUGAUCGAAGACUCCAUUGUAUACUAGUAACCGUACAAAACUACAAAUCAAUACUUCGGCAUUUGGAAA